ACCUGAGCUUCUGAUCUCUGAAGAGUGUGGUUUCUUGUUCUUGUAAAGAGGGGAUCAAUGGCGACCGUCGGGAAGGUGAUCAAGUGCAAAGCGGCGGUGGCGUGGGAGGCCGGGAAGCCGCUGUCGAUCGAGGAGGUGGAGGUGGCGCCGCCGCAGGCCAUGGAGGUCCGCGUCAAGAUCCUCUACACCGCUCUCUGCCACACCGACGUCUACUUCUGGGAGGCCAAGGGGCAAACCCCGGUUUUCCCGAGGAUCCUAGGCCACGAAGCCGGAGGGAUUGUGGAGAGCGUGGGGGAGGGGGUGACGGAGCUGGCGCCGGGCGACCAUGUCCUGCCGGUGUUCACCGGCGAGUGCAAGGAGUGCGCCCACUGCAAGUCGGAGGAGAGCAACAUGUGCGACCUGCUGCGGAUCAACGUCGACCGCGGCGUCAUGAUCGGCGACGGCCAGUCCCGCUUCACCAUCGGCGGCAAGCCCAUCUUCCACUUCGUCGGCACCUCCACCUUCAGCGAGUACACCGUCAUCCAUGUCGGCUGCCUCGCCAAGAUCAACCCGGAGGCGCCUCUCGACAAGGUCUGCAUCCUCAGCUGCGGCAUCUCCACUGGUCUUGGUGCAACUGUGAAUGUGGCGAAACCCAAAAAGGGCCAGACGGUGGCUAUUUUCGGUCUUGGAGCUGUUGGCCUUGCUGCUAUGGAAGGUGCCAGGCUGUCUGGAGCAUCCAGGAUCAUUGGUGUGGACCUGAACCCUGCAAAAUUCGAACAAGCCAAGAAGUUUGGCUGCACUGACUUUGUGAACCCCAGGGACCACAAGAAGCCAGUGCAAGAGGUGCUCAUUGAGAUGACCAACGGCGGGGUCGACCGAGCCGUCGAAUGCACCGGCAACAUCAACGCCAUGAUAUCCUGCUUCGAAUGCGUCCACGAUGGAUGGGGCGUUGCGGUGCUGGUCGGCGUGCCGACAAAGGAGGAUGUGUUCAAGACCCACCCGAUGAACUUCCUGAACGAGAAGACGCUCAAGGGAACCUUCUUCGGCAACUACAAGCCUCGCACCGACCUGCCAAAUGUCGUCGAGAUGUACAUGAGGAAGGAGCUGGAGCUGGAGAAGUUCAUCACCCACAGGGUGCCGUUCUCGCAGAUCAACACGGCGUUCGAGCUGAUGCUCAAGGGGGAGAGCCUGCGGUGCAUCAUGAGCAUGGAGGAGUAAGAGAGGUUGUGUUGAAAUCUCUUGUCACUCUUGCUUGCAGAUUCAGUGCAUUAAAGAGACAGAAGAAGAAAAAGAAAGAACAAAAAAGAAUGAGAAGUUUGUGGUUUUCCAUGUAAGUUCAAAUAAUGGUCGUGAGACACGAUUGUGUUGGGUCAGCUCCUCCUUGUAUUCCUCCUUUGAUGGCUUGGAUGUUGUCGGCAUUGUGGCUAGCAGAUUUUCAGCAGUUUACCCUGUAAUUACCGUUCUCAUCAAUCGUAAUAAAACUACUAGCAGUGUGAAAGUACUGUUACUUGAACUGUACUGAUUGGUGCAGUAAAACUAAACUAGCAACCGGUACCAAGGUCU